AUGUCUAUGGCUUCAGCUAGCACGAAAAUGCUGCCUACUACUAAUACUUUAACUAAUGGUAGCAGGACAGUCAUUGAUACAAGUAAAUUGAGAAAUAUGUGGGAGACAGCGUACAUUGUGGCAUUUUGUGAUAAAUUUAAAAGUGCACUACGAAAUCUAGAGUUUUGGCCCGAGGAGUUCGAGCAAACGCUCUAUAGUUCCUCAACAGAUGAAUUGUUGGAGGAAAUACACUGUGCAUUUUUGACUAAUGUCUUGAAUAGAAAAAAGGCUGUCGAGCGAAAUACAUGGAGGAAAUUUUUAACAGAUACAAUCGAGCAGCAUUUAAAGAAACGUUCUGAUUUCUGUCUCGACUAUAACCCAAUGCGAAGAGUAAAUAAUUAUAAUUAUUAUGAGCUUGGAGUAGAAGAUAGGGUGUUAAUACUGUAUAGUCUUGUAAAUUGGCAACUAAAAGAAUCGAAAUCAAUUCGAGAUCUCAUUGACUUGCAUUAUAAAAAUCGGCAUAAAACCGAAGCCAUGAAUCCUUUGCGAUUAGAAAUGAUCGGGCAAGAUCGCAAGAAUGCAAACUAUUAUUUUCUUGGCAACUCCCCUCGGAUAUACCGCGAGAGAUAUCCUAAACCAGGAAUUCCAAUAACACACGAAAAUGUAGAAUGGAUUGCCGUAACAACUACAUUAGAAGAGAUAAUAAGCUUAGUGGAUGAUCCCAAUCGGCUUAAGCCAAAAUCUUUCACAAAAGAUAGGGCAUUGCAUGCAAAACUAAAAGAAGAUAUUAUUCCACGAGUUGAGGAGUUGGUGCAGCUUAAAGAGAAAAAAGAAGAAAGGCGUCGAAAACAAGAACGAAUUGCUCAAAGAUUUGCAAUUCUGCAUGCAAAUGCGACUGUUUAUGAAACACGAACCCGCAGCGCAAGUAGAAAAGCAGGACUUAAUACACCAGACGGUCCCGUAUCAAUACGGAACAAUGAACUUCAAAAUGACUAUAAAUACUCACCAUAUCCCACAGCGAGUGCUCGGAGAUUAGGAAAAAGAGUAAUGCGAGAAGAAUCUCAAGCAGAAUCUGUAAUUAAUAAUAAGUCUAAUACAUCAACCACAGAUAUAAUAAUGCAAGAAGCACAUGAAGUUCAACAUACAGCGGAAGAAUUUUCGACACUGUCAAAUACUAAUGGCUCGGUCGAUUUCACAUAUGAUAGCGCUGAUAAUGUACCACAAAAAAGUCUAGUAAGUGUUACAAAUAGGCAAACUGCGGUAGAUCAUAAAACAACAAAUGAUGAAUAUACCACAUACAAUGCGAUUACACCUAAUGGAAUCGAACAAGGCACUAAUCAGCACACAAAUAGCACCACAAUCUCAAUGCCAAUCCAAAUGAAUGGCGCGCACGACAUUGCAGUCGCAGCAGCAACGCCAUCAACAUCAAAUUCCACCUCCUCCAUAGAAAUAUCAGAUGAUGCCGGCACAGAGCCGAUGUCAAUCGAACAAGAACUUUUUGGCAAAGACUCUGAUACAGAUUUAUCAGACAUUUGGGAGAGUAGUGAAGAAAGUGAGUGGGAGAGUGAAGAUGAGAGUGAUUAA